AUGGUGAAAAUCAUGAAGACUCAGAAAGAGGACAAGAAGGAAUUCGCUGAUCUUCUUAAAUCCCAUAAAGAAAUGGAGAUGACUCUGAAGAAAAACACGUAUGAAGUUCAUAUGAUCAACAAGACAUAUUCCAAAUUUGAAAAGAACCUCUUCAAGCGCCAAUCUGAUUUGCAUGACGCUGAAAGAGCAAUCAAUGUUGAUCUUCAACGAGAGGUUAUGGAAGGAAUAGGAUUGAUUCAAAAUCAGAUGAUUGAAGUUCAAGGAAACAUGAGAAGAGAAGAUGUUGAAAGAUUAGAGUAUGCUGAUUCUGUUGCAGGGAAGUUUCAGGCAGAAGAAGAUGCCAAUGCAGUUGCUGAGAAAGAAAAGAAUUUGAUUUCUCAAGGUGAAGGCGAUAGAGAUAGAAGAGGUGAUGGUGUUUCAACCGGCACCACAUCCAAGCGAAAGCAAACCAGUGAUGAUAGUGGCAGACCGACUAAAAGAGGCGAAGGUCACAACGGUGAUCGCGGUGGCAGAAGCACUAGUGGCACUCGUGGUGGCCGAAGUGAUGGAGCCGCUCAUGGUGGUAGAAGUGACGGAACUGGUCGUGGCGGUCACCCUCUUCCUCUAUUUCAAAAUCUUUUGAUUGGUGAAGGGAUGAGCUAUGAAGGAUCUUCUUUACGAUCGACCCUCUCAUAA